CAUGGACUCCCUCUGUGCCCUCCUGGCUCUCCUCCUCCUCUUCUGCUCGGCAGGAGCAUCUGACUCCCCCUGGAAGGCGGUUCGUGUGGGAGAUGCCGUCACGUUCCCCGUGGUGGCUCCGAAGGGCCAGAGACUGACCAACAUCCUCCUGAGGGACUCCUCCCGGCAACAGGCGGUGGCCAUCUGGAUGGACUCCAAGGAGAUCACCGUGGUAGACAUCAAGUACGCCGGCCGGGUGACCUUCCAGAUGGACGAGAUGGCCUUCAGAAUUGCCAACCUCAGCCUGGACGAUGGGGGCAAAUACGAAACCUCCACCGGCUUCACCUCCUCCUCCCCAGUCGUGCUUGGCAGCUUCCUGGUGGCCGUAUUCAACGUCACCCAAAGGAUCUCCCCCUUGAAGAACGAUUCCUGCCUCAUCUACCUGGACUGUGAGGCAGGGAUGGGACCUGGCCACAGAGUGACCUACGCCUGGAAGGACACGAAGGCCGGCACCACCCUCAGCCGGGAAGCCUGGCUCACGCAGCUUCUGCACCCCGACCAGCAAAGGGACUACGCCUGCGUGGCCCAGAGCUCCGCCGGCCAGAGCACCUUCAGCUUCGUCCUCCAGCAUCCCUGCGUGCCCAGCGCUGCAAGUCCAG